GAGCAGAAUCUGUCAUUAUGGACCCUGACCAGCUGCUAGCAAAAUAUGACGCGAUAAGAACUGAGUAUCACAUUUGUAAGCGAAAGUUAGACAGUAAAUGUGAAGCGCUGCUAAUUUUGAGUAAAGAGUUGGAUGAAUGCCGUUCAGAGAGGGAUCAGUUCAAAUUAAUGGCUGAGCAGCUGCGGGCGAGAUACCAGGACAUAAAGCGACAAAUAAACGGAUUGCACCCAAUUAGUUCUGCAAAUUCCUUGGACCCUCGUUUUUAUUCGGACAUGCAAAGUCAAAGCUUAGCCAAAUUGUUAUGUGAGACAAAGGAACAGAGUAAGUCAUUGCAGUUUGAGGUGGAUGACCUGAAGCAGAAGUUACAGGAUGCACAAGGUGACAUAAAGUUACUACGGGAACAGAUUGCUCGGCAGAGGGUGGGGACCACAGAUGAGGGGAUGAACACGCGACACUUCCCCGCAUAUGAAAGAGAAGAUCUGGUCAGGCAGCUGGAAGCCUCAAGAGAACAGUAUUUACAGCUUGAAAGAGACUUGCAGCAGGUAUUAGAUGAGAAGGAAGAACAGGUGACAGAAAGAGACAUUUACCGCACAAAAUAUGAGCGUUUAAACCAAGAACUCAACUAUAUCUUACGGGGAGAUGAAAAGCGGAUCAUUGACAUUGAUGCAUUGUCAAUGGAAAACAAAUAUCUGAAAGACCGGUUAAAGCAGAUGGAAGAAGAAAAGACAAUUGCCAUGGCUACCGUUUCAAAAUACAAGAGCAUACUGGAGAGAAAGAAGAACAAGGGUAUUCUGAAGUUCGGUCCAGUUGGUCAGAGUAGGAGUGGAGGCGUGGUAAUCUCACAGAAACAAGUUCAGCAGUUACUAGAAAACCAGUCGGGUAGGACGGCUUCCCCACAGGCUCUUCAGGAUCUACAGGCCUUAGCCAGUGCUCUUCUGGACACGGUCAACGACAAAAAUCUGGCCAUCUCACAUCAGAGGAAAACAAACAAAAUUCUGGGAAAUCGAGUGUCAGAACUGGAAAAAAAAUUGAAAACUCUGGAAGUGUCAGGUUUAUGGAACAUUCCAGCAAAUUUGACGUGCUUAGAGAAGUUAAGAGCUGAAUGUGAGGAGGUGAAGACCUUGUUGCCACAGGACAUGUCAGAGACUAGUCAGACUAGCCAGACCAGCCCCCCGGAGUCAUGGCAGAAGUUACAGAGUGUCAUGAGUCCAUCCUCUCCCAGCAGUUCUAUCCCCAGCCCCUCCCACACGGCCAGUGAAACAACGGCAACCAAACCUGAGAAGCCCCCUGUGUCAUUGGAGGACUUAGAUCUGCUGCCAACCAGAGAUGACUCGGGGAAGUCCCUCAAGUUUGCCGAGGUCAAAGAUGAGAAGGUCGAGGAUGAGGUUCGACUGGAUGGCGCUGCAGAGGUCACAGAAACCUCUGACAGUGUAGAUGCUGGGAGUAGUUGUUCCUGUAGCCAGUCAGUGGUUGAUGAAAUGAGGCUAACUGAGGAGCCUGAAAUGGAGGACAGUGAUUCUAUGCUGGAAAACACAGGGUCUGAAUGUAAAGCUACUCAUGAAGAAAAAGUCACAGAAUCUGAUUACAAACCUGCCCAUGAAGAGAAUGCUGUGUCAGAUAUACUAGAGACUCUGAUAGAGGCUGCCACGUCAAAAGUCAUUGGACAGUCCAAAAGUUGUCAGUCACUGUGCUCACCAAGACACCGUAUCCAGUCAUUCUCCUCUGAAAAUGAAAACACGGGAAUGGAGGCGGAUGUUGUCAUAGAAACGGGUGGGCGGGCCACACCUACCAGCAGCACUCCAAGUCGGACGUUAUCCCCAACAUGUUCGUCUCCAUUACUGCCCGAACACAGCGAAGCAGACGAUAGUGGCUGUAGUAAUGUGGAUGUUUGAUGUAGUGGUGGCUUUAAUGCAACACUUUUUACAUGUGAUUAAAUUUGCCUCUCUAAAUCAAGCUCAUUCUACUUAAAUUCUUAGAUUGGUAACUGGAUGAGAAUCUUCAUGUAUAAAUGCUGAUACUGGUGCAAAGACAUGUGGUCCAUUGUCCUGGCUCCAGUUUCACAAAGCAGCGUACAACAAUUUUUUAUCAUAUAUUUGUUGUACAAUAUUUUGUACAUCGCUGUUAACGUAGAACUGUUACAAGUACGACAUCUUUGUGAAAGUGGCCCCAGAUGUGUAUAAACAUGGUGGACAUAACCCAGGCUUGUUAGCUGUGGGAUCAAAAAGCCUAUUGUGACACCUGAUGUAGAUGGCUUGCACUUGUGGCUGUAUUGGAUAGUGACAGAUUCAGAAUGUCUAUAUCCCGGUGUACAGAUAUUUUAUGAUCACAUGUAGUAUACAAAAAAAAGAGAUUGGUGCAUGUAUCGGAGAUAAUUUAGCUGAUGAUUGCAUUGAAACACAUCAAACGUUGUUUUUGUUGCCAUGAUGUGAAUUAUUCCCAUCAUUAUGCCUUGGAAUUCCAGAGGACAAAUUAAUUGCUGAUACAUUAAAUCACAAAUUGUGCACUUUUGAACCUCAUCCCACAAAGUUAUUGUAGGCUAAAGUUGAUUGUAAUUACCAUGACUAAGUAUGUUCAAGAAAAGCUACCAUGGGACUGUCAUUCUUCAACCUUUUCACAUGUUGGAAAGAUAUUUAUUCAGCUAUAUUCUGAGGGCGUUAAUCUGUCAGACUGAUGAAAUUAUACUUUUGUGAAUCCCUGAAAUCCCCUACCAAUGUAAUUUUGUUUACAAAAUCAAAUUAGAAAGGUGCAUAAAUUGCACUGCAAGUUGCUCUUUCAUGUGUCAACAAGUUGAGGAACUAUCCUAUAAUUGCUUUGUGGUACUACCAAGACAACAUAUGUUAAUUCUACAGGUAUAAAAUGCACUUUGUUAAGGGCACCAAGUUACAACACCGACUUAAGUAUGUUUCGUGGAACUAACUCCUGGCUGAUAAACUUCUGCUGAUAUUCAAAAGCCCAAUCUACAUAUAGAUUAAACCAAAAUUAUUUGAUGCCAUGUCAAUAAUUUUAUGAAAUGUAUCCAUAUCUGAUCAUCAAGAAUUCAUGUCAAACGGGAAUUUAGUACAGAAGGAAUAUGUCGUGAGCAUGAAGUAGAUUUCUGCAAAGGAAGGUGGUGUCAGAUGUAUAGGAUAUAUACAGGGUACAGGAUAUGAUACGGCCCUGGAAUCUCCCAAAUUCCUCUACUCUUAAAACAGACUAUUGUGACCUAGACAGCACUCAAAAGAAGUCAAUAAUUGUUGUAUGUCUACACAUUAUGUAUAAAGUCAUGUCUUCAUCUGUUGACUCGAUUACAUUCCUGUGCUUGGUCUUCCAUUUGUACCUUCAGUAUCGGUACAGAAAAAAGAAAGAAAUAUUCCAAGGGAUCCCGUGUAAAUAAAAUGCUAACAAAGCAUUGAAAGAAAUCUCAAACUAACGGUGGUCUGCAUUUAAAAAUUUCAAAUUUCAAUCAGUGUUGUGAAGUAGAGUAAAUCGUCAUGUAAUCAUUUUUAAGACUUUAAAAUACGUGUUAUUCUUAUUGGCUGAUGAGAUUAUUUAUCUUAGACCCAUUAUUUAUCCAUAAGGAGUCCACUUUGUGUCAUACUGUCUGUUAUACAAUUCUGACACCUUCAGCAAAACUCCAUUAUGGGAAGUUCAGCAUAAAACCCCAAACAUGCAUACAUUCAUAUCAUAUGAAUUUUUAUUUUGGUAAAUAGUGGUGGUGAAUAAGUUUUCAUAAAGCAUAUUUUCUGUCUGAACCUUUUACAAUACAAAUUAUCACAAGUUACAUUUGUUUUCUAAAAGCUACGUUGGGCGCUCUGUAUACUUACACUUUUCAUAUUAUGAUAUAAGAAUCUGUCCUUGUGAAUCAUUCCUGCAGGUACAUGUACUAAACUGUUUCUGAUAUGUAUGUAGUUUCAACCAUGAAGCUUGCAUAAAGUUUGUUGUAACUGAGAGUUAUAUAUGUGUGCACACUAUAGCAUAUUUUUCCUGAUGUUUUUCACUUACACAUUCUGGGGACUUUUAGAUGCGAUGUUGUACUCAGUCCCAUCAGUACAAACAUGGCAGAAGAAAUUCUAGCCCAAAAGUUUCAUUCCAUUACAGAAGAGAUUCUUAUUUUUCUCUCAAGAUUUGUUUUCUUUUACUUUUGUGUACAUAAGAAAGAUGACUGCUCAAGUUUGUUUGUACAUGCAUUUUUGUUAUUUCUGUAUGUUUAUUUGUUUCAUUCAUGAUCAUUAUGUAAAUAAACAUAUGGCCUGUGUUUAGGUGUUAGAUUGUAAACUAUACUAGGGAGUGUGACACUGUUUUGUCAGAACACCAACUGUCUUAGUUUUCAAAUCAACUUCACAGAAUCAAUACAAGUGGACUUAAGAAGUAACUGGCAGACAUGGGAUUUUGGCUUUGGAGGAAUUCCAUCUUUAAUUGCUGUGAGAAAGUUGUGGAUUUAGCUUUAGAAGAUGUGUGAGCUAGAUUGUUAUCUUUCAGUCCAUUGUCCAUCUUAUCACUGAUGAACACAGGAAUUACUGUGUUUCGGGUAAAGCUUAGCAUUUUUCAGGUGGCCUUUGAUUCUGAUUUAUUCAUCCAUCUUAUAUUGCCACCAAAGAGCAUUUUUUGUCAAAUUUGAUUAAUUUCUUAUUAGAAAAACUUCAGUGUCGGCAUCAAAAGUAUUAUUUUAAGGCCUUUACAUGUACCUGCUUUUGAAAGGGCAUUUUUACAUGCCAAACUUUAGGUGAAAUAUGGAAUUACCAUAACACAGCUAACAUACAUAUACAGAGUACAGUCACAGCAUUUUACAAAUCUAUACCAAGCACAGUUACCAUGGUGACGUGUCUCUUGUGUGUUGUCAUGGAAGUUAUUCCAGGUGCAAAUCUGGUGUGUGUGUUUUGUAUAGCUAAUUAUAUGCUGCGUAACUAAAUCAUGACUCGUGAAGUCCCUCCAUUGAUGUGAAAAAAGAACAUGUUGAUUGGCUAUCUCUGUUUCUAGUCCUACAAAAUUUUCAUCUCUUGCACGUGGUUGUGAACAGUUCAUCAUGACAUGAACAGUUUGUUAUGAAUAUGUAUUUUAUGUGUAUAAGGGAUCUUUCUAUGUUUACAUCUUUGUGUUUUUUCUGUUUUUAUUGUUUUGGUGUCUGAACUAUGGUUCUCUUAUCUGACAUCUUGUUUUUGUAAAGUAUCUUACUGUCUAAUAUUAUGUAAAGCUAACAACACGUACAUAUAGUUUACCCGUACGACAUAUAUGUGAUGACUGUCAGCUGAUAUCUGGCAGACCAACCAGAGCUCUUCAAAAUGAGGUCAUACUGCUUAUAUUCACUCAGCUUCAAAAAAGAAAUGUUUCUGGUGAUUCUGUUUAUGAUACUUCUGAAAAAUUAUCUCACAAGAAAGUGGGCCUGCUGCUCAAUUUGUUUUUGACAUGAUACUUAUUUCAGAAAUAUGGUUAUUACUUAAUUUAUUCAAACAAAUUACUACGUUUCAACUGUCAUAUGUUUCUUGAUUUAUAGAUCUUUAUUUCCUU